AUGAUUCCAGCAACUUUACGUACAUUGAGAACCUCUUCUAAGAGAUUACCUGGAUCCUUUUCCAGAUGCUAUGCAUUAUCAACUAAUGCACAAGCAUUGAUCUCAAAAACUGUGAAGGAUGUCGACCCAGAGAUGGCCGAAAUUUUACAACAAGAAAGAAACAGACAAAAAAGUUCCAUUACUUUAAUUCCAUCGGAAAAUUUUACUUCCAAGGCCGUUAUGGACUUGUUAGGAUCGGAAAUGCAAAACAAAUACUCCGAAGGUUACCCAGGUGAAAGGUAUUACGGUGGUAACGAAAUUAUAGAUAAAGCUGAGUCAUUGUGUCAAAAGAGAGCAUUGGAAGCUUUCAACUUGAAGCCAGAAGAAUGGGGUGUUAAUGUGCAGCCAUUGUCCGGUGCUCCAGCCAAUUUGUAUGCUUACUCUGCUGUUUUGGAAGUUGGUGACAGAAUCAUGGGUUUGGACUUACCUCAUGGAGGACAUUUAUCUCACGGUUACCAGACCCCAACCACAAAAAUCUCUUACAUCUCCAAGUAUUUUCAAACUAUGCCAUAUAGAUUGAAUGAAGAGACUGGUUUAAUUGACUACGACACCUUAGAAGCCAACGCCUUGUUAUUUAGACCAAAGGUUAUUGUUGCUGGUGCCUCUGCAUACUCUAGAGUCAUUGACUACAAGAGAAUGAGACAAAUUUGUGACAAGGUUGGUGCUUACUUAUUGAGUGACAUGGCUCACAUUUCCGGUUUGGUUUCUGCUGGUGUCACUGACUCGCCAUUCCCAUUCUCCGACAUUGUUACCACCACUACCCACAAGUCUUUGAGAGGUCCAAGAGGUGCUAUGAUUUUCUACAGAAAGGGUGUUAGAAAGGUCACCAAGAAGGGUAAGGAAAUCCUUUAUGACUUAGACAAGAAGAUUAACUUCUCUGUUUUCCCAGCCCACCAAGGUGGUCCACACAACCACACCAUCUCUGCCUUAGCCGUCGCCUUGAAGCAAACUUCUUACCCAGAAUACAAGGAAUACCAAAAGGAUGUCAUUGCAAAUGCUUCUACCUUUGCCAGUGAAUUGCAAUCCAAGGGAUUCACUUUAGUUUCUGGUGGUACUGAUACCCACUUAAUCUUGAUUGACUUAAGAUCUAAGAACAUCGAUGGUGCUAGAGUUGAAGCCGUUUUGGAAAGAGUUAACAUUGCUGCCAACAAGAACACUGUUCCAGGUGACAAGUCUGCUUUAUUCCCAUCGGGUUUAAGAGUCGGUACCCCAGCCAUGACCACCAGAGGGUUCGGUGCUUCUGAAUUUGCCAAGGUUGCUACAUACUUUGAAAAGGCUGUUCAAAUUUCAAUUGAUUUGAAAGCUCAAGAACAAGGUAACUCUCCAAAGGAAUUAAUGGCCUCUUUCAAGCAAUUGGCUGACGACAGUAGUGUUGUAAAAGAAUUAGCUACUGAAGUUAAGGAUUGGGUUUCUACCUAUCCUGUUCCAGGCGAUCUUCCAUAG